GGCGAGGACAGCUGAUGAUGUCGUCUUUGUCAUUGAGUCCGGCUCGUGUUUUGUUUUGGCACAGUUUGGGCGGGCGUGGCCACGAGGUAAUCGAGUUCAAAACAAACCCCCUCCCCCUGAGCCGUUUGAGUCAGCUGAGCGGGAUUGGCAGGAGAUUGGGGGAGAGGGGGGGCGGUCACGCCAACCCCCGACGGGGAAGCGCUCCCCCAUUUUGUGUCUGUCUGCUCGGGCCGCUGUCAGCGAGGUCCGGUUGUGGCUGAGCGGGCUAAUGCGAUGUGGCGUGUCACCCGGAGAAUCUGGGUCAAGUUUAAAGCUGCCUGUGCCGCAGUGUGAUGCGCCGCAAUCCCGCCCACCGCACGCGCGCCAUGCACAAAUGUAGAUUUUUCACCCCUCCCCAAAAAAGAUAACAUGCAUUUUCUUGUCUGUGCAUUCAUUCCCGUCCAGCCUCUCCACGCCGGGAGCCACGUGACGCUCAGGGUGCUGCAGCAGCGGGGUUGAGAGCCGGCCCGUCAUCUGCGGCUGCUCUGCCCGCGCUUUGUCGCAGUGCUCCAUUUCAGCGUUGCUCUGCCUCUGGGUGUGUUUAUGGCGGCCACGCAGAGUGCAAGGCGAUGCCACGCUGAGGAAUCAACAUGGGGAACCUACUGAAGGUGUUGACCUGCACCGACCUGGAACAGGAGCCCAAUUUCUUCCUGGAUUUCGAAAACGCUCAGCCCACAGACGGCGAGCGUGAGGUGUGGGAGCAGGUGGACGUGGUGCUGAAGGACGCCAAGGCAAUCCUGGACGAGCUGCAGGCCUACAAAGGGGCCGGACAGAAGAUCAGAGAGGCCAUCCAGAACCCCAACGACGAGGCGCUCCAGGAGCAGGCGUGGGCGGCAGUGGUCCCCCUGGUGGGGAAGCUCAAAAAGUUCUACGAGUUCUCCCAGAGAUUAGAAGCGGCGCUGCACAGCCUGCUGGGCGCGCUGACCAGCGAGACGUACGACGAUCCCACGCAGCACCUGGAGCGGGAGCAGGCGCUCGCCAAGCAGUUCGCCGAGAUCCUGCACUUCACGCUGUGCUUUGACGAGCUCAAAAUGACAUCUCCUGCCAUUCAGAACGACUUCAGCUACUACAGGAGAACACUGAGUCGCAUGCGCAUCAACAACCUACCGGCCGAGGGUGAAAAUGAAGUUAACAACGAACUGGCCAACCGGAUUUCGCUCUUCUACGCCGACGCCACGCCCAUGCUCAAGACGUUAAGCGACGGCACGACGAGGUUCGUGUCGGAGAACAAGAACCUGCCUAUCGAGAACACCACAGACUGCCUGAGCACCAUGGCCAGCGUCUGCAAAGUCAUGCUGGAAACACCGGAAUACCGCAGCCGCUUCGCCAGCGAGGACACGGUGUCGUUCUGCCUGCGGGUGAUGGUCGGCGUCAUCAUCCUCUACGACUACGUCCAUCCCGUCGGCGCCUUCGCCAAGUCGUCAAAGAUCGACAUGAAGGGUUGCAUCAAAGUGCUUAAAGAUCAGCCACCCAACAGUGUGGACGGCCUCCUCAACGCUCUCAGGUAUACGACAAGGCACCUAAACGACGAGUCCACCAACAAGAGCAUCAAGCUCAUGCUGCAGUAGCACCGAGCUGCCGUUUGUGCUGCUGACACCUCGCGUCCUGCUGCGUGUGCGUGGGGGAGACGCGCCGCUCGCCCGACGGAUGCCGCUCCACGGAAUGUCGUUUUUCCUUUUUGUUUUUCUUCUUUUUCUCAUUGAAAAAGAGCCGCAGCUCCGCCCUCUUUUUUUGUAAUGCAAAAUCCUACUGUCGCCAUGAACGUUUUUUUCCGUGCCCCCCCCCCCAAAAAAAAAAAAAAGAUGUCGCUGAACUACAAUGUGAGCCAUGCAACAAUGGCAACUAAUGGAAGCAUUGUAGGUCCUUUUUUUUGGUGUCUUUUCCCCCUCCCCCCUCUUUUCAAGGGACACGAGAGAGAGUGUUCUGACUUGAACAUUUAAGAGAGAAAUAUAUAGAGAAGUAUAUAUUAUUUUUGUUUGAUUUGUUAUUUAAUAACUGCAUGAUGAAAAUGAUUAUUUUUUUCAUCUAUUUAAAAAGAGUAAAGCUGUUUUGGUAGAGUUUGUCAGCGCUGUCGUGUGUGUGUGUGUGUGUGUGUGUGUGUGUGUGUGUGCGCGCUGUCGUCAAAACGGUACUUGUGGCAAUGAGAUUGAAAAGUACUGUUUUUAAAAAAAAUUUCAUGUUUUUUUUUAU